CUGCUUUUCCCUAUUGACAAUUCAGUUCUGAUCAUGGUCUAUUCAAGCUGCUUCCCAUCUGAUUUUUGACAACUGCUUCUAAAAAAAUUAUCAAGAAGACUGAGAAUUCAGUUUGUCUCCAUCGCUUUACGUAAAAAUGGCUGGGUGCAUUGCCAUGCUAACACUGCACUAAGUGGUACAUGCAGACUGACACAGGGGAGCCACAGAGGUCCCACAAUUGCUGAGAUGCUUUUGCCAGACAGAGCUGUUGACACCAGUUUAAAAAGACAGUAACAGACGAACAACCUGAUUCUAGAUGACAGUCAUGUCACAUUCAAAGGAUCUCAAGGAUGACUUCCACAGUGACACUGUACUUUCCAUUUUAAAUGAACAGCGCAUUCGGGGUAUUUUAUGUGAUGUCACCAUAAUUGUGGAAGAUACCAAGUUUAAAGCCCAUAGUAAUGUGCUGGCAGCUUCAAGCCUUUAUUUUAAAAACAUUUUCUGGAGUCGUACGAUCUGCAUUUCGGGACAUGUACUGGAGUUAGAUGAUCUCAAAGCUGAAGUGUUUACAGAAAUUCUUAAUUACAUCUAUAGUUCCACAGUAGUUGUUAAAAGGCAGGAGACUGUAACAGACCUUGCAGCUGCAGGGAAAAAAUUGGGGAUAUCAUUUCUAGAAGAUCUUUCAGAUGUUAAUUUUUCAAGUUCCCCCUGCCCCUAUGCAUACUGUAUCAAUGAAAAGGGAACUGUCAAAGAGGAAAAACAUGAAAAGAGACAUGAAGACUCGGCUGUCACAAAUGGACCACGAAUUACAAAUGCAUUCUCAAUUUUUGAAACUGAGAAUAGUAUGUUUUCUCCACUUGAUUUGAGAGCAAGCUUCAAAAAGGUAUCUGAGACAAUACAAACACCCAACACCAGCCUUGAGAGAAGUGAGGCUUGCAAAGAUGCUGAAUCAGCCAGUACAUUAGCUGAACACUCAUAUGCAGUUUCUUCAGGGGGAGAUAUUUUUCAAGGAACAUCUCUUUUUGAACAGAACAACAGCCCUUCCUGUAAGAUGGGUGAAGAGCAUUAUGAAAAUCUCAAAGCCACACCACUCAUACAGCCAGGAAAACAGACCUGUGGAACUCCUAAGACAGCCUUUAAGGCCCAGAGCGCUGGUUUGGCUACAGCAAAAACAUCAGCCUCUACGGUAUCGAAUACAGAAGCCCAACACGAACCUGUUGCUGAUCAAACAAUUAUUUCUUUUCCAAAACCUCAAAAUAAAGCAGAUUUCCACUUACCAAGAGAAGAAGAAAAUAAAUCUGCCAACAUCCCUGUAUCUGUUGCAGCUGUAGGUCCACCUGUUUUCAACUGUAACUGCUGUACAAAAUCAUUCAACGACAGAGCUUUGCUCAGUACUCAUCUUCAGCUCCACUCAGAGCACCAAGAAAGUUUCAUAUGCAAAUACUGCAGCAAACAAUUUGCAAAUCUAAAUAUACUGGAAAGUCAUGAACAAGUCUGUAUGAGAUCAAGUAACUUAGCUGUUCACAGUGGAAGUGAACAAAAUUUUUCAGAAAACUAUACUGCUGCAGAAGGAAGGAAUGGCAAUUCAUAUGCAAACACAGAGCCUCUAUUGUCCGAAAAGAGCAUAACUGAUUAUUCUAAUGCAAGCUGCACUUUACCAGAAACAGAUCAUUUAGUUAAAGUUGUUGAUGGGCAGAUAUUAUAUACUUGCAUAGUUUGCAAGCGUAGUUAUGUAACACUGUCUAGUCUUCGAAGACAUGCAAAUGUACACUCAUGGAGAAGAACAUAUCCUUGCCACUACUGCAACAAAGUCUUUGCAUUAGCUGAAUAUCGCACCAGACAUGAGAUCUGGCACACAGGAGAAAGACGGUACCAGUGCAUUUUCUGUCUGGAGACUUUUAUGACUUAUUAUAUACUAAAAAAUCAUCAAAAGUCUUUCCAUGCAAUUGACCACCGUCUCUCAGUAAAUAAAAAAACAGCCAAUGGAGGCUUAAAACCAAGUAUGUAUCCAUAUAAGCUUUAUCGACUUUUGCCGAUGAAAUGCAGGCGUCUACCUUAUAAGUCUUAUCGAAAUUCUUCAUAUGAAAGUGUUCAAGCAAGCAGCCAGGUUAAUGAGUCUACUUCUAAUAACUGUUUCAUUCCGAAUUCUCUUACUUCUGACUUACCAUCACUGAAUUUUCAAAGUAAUAUACUGACAAACAACAGAGCUCUUGCCUUGGACACCUCUUCACGUAAUGAUACGGCAGCUUCUACAAAUACUCAGAAUUCUUCCUCCUGGGGAGUGGGUAUAUUAAAUUCUGACCUGCAAAGUGACUUUUUCACACGGGAAAAAACAGUUUCCACUGCUGCAAAUGCUUCUGGUUCUCAGGAACGUGAUUCUUCAAUUGUGUCUUUCACUAAUGUGAAAGAGAAUUCAACCUCUGUCAUCAGUUAUAGCAGUUCUGCACCUUCUGUUAUAAUGCACAGUAGCAGAGUGUCAUCAGUAAUAAUGCAUGGUAAAACAGUCACUUCCAUAGAAAACAGUAAGGCAGAAUCUUCAAAUAACCAACCUAGUCAAUCUAUAAGUGAUGGUUGUAAAUAUGGAUCAGAUAAUUAUGGCAAAUGUAUUACUAAAUCAAAACCUGUUAAGGAGAAAAAGAAAACACUGCUAUACAACAAAGCAGAAACAAGUGAGGAUACACAGUACACCACAGGAGCUGGAGGAACAUCUAGCAAAAUAACAAAUAUUGUUCAAGAGUCGAGUAAAACUGAAACAUACAUUGCAAAGCCCGCCUUACCUGGAACGUCUGCCGACAGUAAUGUUGCUCCUCUUUGUCAAAUAACAGUAAAAAUUGGUAAUGAGGCUAUUGUGAAAAGGCACAUUUUAGGAUCUAAGUUGUUUUGUAAAAGGGGUCGAAAAUCUAAAUAUGAGUCUAGACAGGACAACCUAGUUGAGGAGUCGGAAAUGGAGGCAAAGGAAAGAAGCCCAUCUCGGCUCUACAGCUCAGAAUGCAUGGAGCUGCCAGAAAUGUGUGAUGAUGUGAGUGACCAGGAUUCCAAUGAUAAGCCCUGGAGACCUUACUACAAUUACAAACCAAAAAAGAAAUCUAAACAGCUAAGAAAAAUGAAAAAGACCAAAUGGAGGAAAAAGCAUGGAUACAAGAAUCCCAUUAAAGAAAGUCACAACACGUGCAGCCGAGAGUAUGCGCUGAGGAAUGCACCUGAGGAAAAGGGCAUCAGUCAAGAGGAAAACCCCGAGAUGCCCAAUCUUCACUGUGAGCUCUGUGAAACAGACAAAUCUGCCCCCGCAGAAAGUCAAGAACACAUACACUGGCAUGUAGCUACUUCGAAGCCUUACAUUUGUGAAUUAUGCCAAAAACAAUUCCAAAGUCCAUCCACUCUAAAAAUGCAUAUGAGGUGUCACACUGGAGAAAAGCCCUACACCUGCAAAACCUGUGGUAAGUCUUUUUCUAUUCCUGGGAAUCUACAGAAACAUGAACGUAUUCAUUUGGGUGUGAAAGACUUUGUUUGCCAAUACUGUAAUAAGGCAUUCACUUUAAAUGAAACGCUCAAAAUACAUGAAAGAAUUCACACUGGAGAAAAGCGCUACCACUGUCAGUUCUGUUUACAGAGUUUCUUGUAUCUUUCUACCAAAAGGAAUCAUGAGCAAAGGCACGUACGUGAACAUAAUGGAAAAGGAUAUGCUUGCUUUCAGUGCCCCAAAAUUUGCAAGACAGCAGCUGCUCUGGGAAUGCACCAGAAGAAACAUCUUUUCAAAAGCCCGGGCCCACAAGGUCGGAAAGAACAUUUUUGCAACGAAAGAGCUACUAAACUUUCGGAAAAUCAACAUUUUCUUGGCUCAGAAGAGAAUGAAGUGAAAAAUAUACAAAAUAGAACUUCAGAAGUUGUACUCUGAGUGACAGUUGUGAAAAAGAGGAGAAAAAUCCAGAUAUUGGAUAACGGGGAAACUGCUGCACUUAAGGACCAUUUACAAAAAUAAAGAUCAAAGUUCUUCAUCUAAAUGUAUGCCAAUAUAUGCAAAAGAAGAAGCGGAAAAAUCACUGAAAAAGAAAAACUAAUAUUUUGCAAUAAUACAAACUUAAUGUGAGAGUCAGACGCAAAAUACUUUUGCCACCAUAGACUUCUAAUAUAUAUAGAUAGAAGAAAACAAAAAAAAGGACCCACCAAGCCCCUACUACUUAGCAUCACUAUUAGCUAGCCACUGAACUAUUUUACAGUGCUGUUGUUGAGUCAGAAUCGUUCUGGACAUGAUAAAUACAUAGGUUCAAAGUAUAAUCUGUUUCUGUGUUGCAGAAACCAUAUAUUGCAUUAUUUUAAACAAAAAAAAAGUAAUGUGUUUAUAAACAAAAUAAUUGUGGUAUAAUGUAUUCCGAAGUGAAGGUGGGAAAUGUUUCAUGAAUUUGAGUAUGCUGAAGUACAGUUGAGUUCUGGGAGGCAUUCUGCAUUUACAAAACAGAUGCAGGAGUAUAAAUUUAAUUACAUGUCCAUAUUUAGUUUUGCAGUUACCCUGUUAGGCAUAAAGUCUCUGAGUGAUAGUAUGUAAAGUAAUCCAGAUUUAUCAUAUCUCUGAGACAUAUAUUAAAGAUUUAGUGCAAUUUAUAACAGUCUGUCUUCCAAAUUGCAUAAAUCCCAAAAGAUUCAACUGUCAAUGGCCUGGUAGGACUAUUCAGGUGCAUCUAACUGAAGAAAAUCCUCAUGCUGCGUUCCCAUAGUUAGUUAGGAAGCUGAGCAGCUUAAAAACAUCAGGUAUGUAAGUGCCCAAUUCCCGGUAGUCUUUCCCGCCUUUAAGAAAAUUGUUCUUCUCAUCAGAAGAAGGGGGGAUUUGGACAGUCUCCCUCCUCCUCCUGGAAUAGUAUCCAAACAACAAAUGACUGAGCUACUCCCAGUAAAUUUGCCUUUUUUUUUUUUUUUGUUUUGUUUUGUUUUGUUUUUGGGAGGAGUAGGUACAUGCUCAGAUUCUUGCUUCCGUAUAUAUCACAUGUAGCUGUAUUUCCCUACAGCAUUUCCCAUGUCCUAUCCCAGUGAUAUCUCACCUUCUUGCCCCACUCGAGCUCCUGCGGGGAAUCCCUGUCCCCAGCACGGUGGAUCCGUAGCAGAGACGUGCUGGGCGCCAGUUCCUAGGCAAAAAGUGUUGUUUCUAUUUCCUUCACCCUGCCACACCUGAGGUUUAUGGUGAGCCCAAUGGUUUGGCAUUCUUCUAAGCGCUGGGAGAACAAGCUUCUGGAAGACAUCACUAAAAUAAACCGUACAAUUAAUAUAGUUUUGUGAAAAUGUGAUUCAUUUGAAAUGAGGUGAAAAAAAAAGAGGAUAGAUUCCUGCAAGUUGCAUUUUAUAUAACAAGGCUCUGUUGUAUUGUAUCUGCAUUUCCAAGUAGUCGUGUACUUUCAUCUUAUGAAGUGUUUUUUAAAAAAACAAAGCCAGGACAAAGGUAGUGAAUCUUGACUUCAUUCUAUGUGCAAAUAUGGUACAUUUUGUUUACUUACUUUGUUUUCUUGAAUAUUAAAAAGAAAAAUCUAUAGCGUAUGAUAAAAGUGAAAUGAUAAUACAGUAUUGAUUUAAGUAAUAAUAUAGUCCACUUAUUUAUUCUAUCAUUUGUGGAUGUAUGAACCCAGGAGAAAUUUUUGGUUUCAUGUCAGCUUUGGUUCCAUUGAAAUAAGAAUAUAGGAGAAUAAAUAUGGAAAGUAUGGUGACAUUUCAAAGACAGUACAUGGGAGAUAUUUUCCAAGUGGACUUGUAUGAUGUUAAUUAUAGACCAAAGCAAAUAAGGUAGAAUAUUUAUACAUAUAAAGAUAAUUUUACAGAUAUUUUAUAUAACUGUAUAGUUCAUAAGAGAAAUAUGGAUAGCUUGUGUUAGGUUUGGGGGGGUUUGUACAUUUUGAUAAAAACACAAUGACUUUGUAACUCUGUAUAUUCUCUACAAUUUAUAACAAAGCAGUUUUAAGAUGGCAAUGUCAUGUUUAUUGUGGCACUUUUACUACAAGUAACACACUGCGGUAAUGAGUAAAGUAUUAAUGACCAAAUUAGAAUUAAAAUAAGUGUAAGAGAUGGUAAAUACUAUAUGUUGUCAAAGACUGUAAUUUGCUACAUAAUGACAUCUG